AAUGAUGACUGCCCACAUUAGCCAACUUGCCCGCAAAAAGCAACCCAACCACUCUAGUGUCUUCCAUCUCUGCCACUACCUCCUCUGCCGCCCAAUCUCCGCCGUCGCAUCCGUUACUCUCGACCGACCGAAUGGACGGCUCCAUCCUCCUCUACCCUUCACUUGGAAGAGGCCACCUCACCUCCAUGGUGGAGCUCGGGAAGCACAUCCUCGACCACCACCCUUCCUUCUCCGUCACCGUCCUCCUCCUCUCCACCCCACCUCCGGACACCCACCUCAUCGACGCUGUCUCCGCCACCCACCCGUCCAUGACCUUCCACCACCUCCCCGCCAUCUCCCUCCCCAACUCCGACCACCUCUCCUCGUCUCCCGCCAACUACAUCCCCUCCACCUUCGAAAUCGUCCGCCUCCACAACCCAACGCUCCACGAGAACCUCGUCUCUCUCUCCAAGUCUUCUGCCGUCAAGGCCUUCGUCAUCGACUUCUACUGCAAUGCCGCCUUCGGCGUCUCCGCCUCCCUCAACAUCCCCACCUACUACUACUUCACCUCCGGCGCGAGCGGGUUGGCCUCGUUCCUCUACAUUCCUGCUCUCCACGUGAAGUACCCCGAGAGCUUCAAAGACCUCAACGUGCCCAUUCAGAUCCCUGGCUUCCCUCCAGUCUCGCCCCGAGACAUGCCCAUGGCCAUCAGCAAUCGGAAACUCCAGGUCUAUAGCUAUUUCUUGGAGACGGCGGUUCAAAUGGCUAAAUCAACCGGUCUCAUCGUGAACACGUUCGACGCGUUCGAAGCCAGCACUAUCAAGGCUCUAAGGGAUGGCCUCUGCGUGCCGGACGGAGCCACUCCUCCGAUAUACUGUGUCAGGCCACUGGUGGCUGUCGGCGGGGGAACCAAAGGUGGCGACGAGAGGCAAGAGUGCUUGGUUUGGCUCGACUCGCAGCCGAGCCGGAGCGUGCUGUUUCUGAGCUUUGGGAGCAUGGGUGUGUUCUCGACCAGGCAGCUGAAGGAAAUGGCGGUCGGGUUGGAGAGGAGCGAAGUGCGGUUCUUGUGGGUGGUGCGGGUCCCGCCGCCUCACGACGAGGCUCGGCGCAUGUUAGCCGAGCUCGAGCCGCGCGUCGAUUCGUUCCUGCCCGAAGGGUUUGUGGACAGGACAAGAGGGAGGGGGAUGAUAGUGGAGUCGUGGGCCCCGCAGGUAGAGGUGCUGAGCCACGGCUCCGUGGGCGGGUUCGUGACGCACUGUGGGUGGAACUCCGUGCUUGAGGCGGUGUGCCAUGGCGUGCCCAUGCUGGCCUGGCCGCUCUACGCCGAGCAGAGGCUGAACAGGGCCUAUUUGGUGGAGGAGAUGAAGCUGGUUCUGUCCGUGACCAUGUCGGAGGAAGACGAUGGGCUUGUCUCGGCGGAUGAGCUGGAGGAGCGAGUAAAUGAGCUGAUGCGAUCCGAGAAAGGGAGAGCAAUAAGGGAUCGAGUCCUAGCCAUGCGAGACGCCGCGACUGCCGCACUGAGCGAGGGCGGUUCGUCCCUAUCAGCCCUAGCUGAGUUGAUCGGGUCGAUGAAAGCCGGGUAGAGCGAAGUGGAUUCUCCCGACCUCGUCACGAGCUCCGUGGGAGUUGGCGGUGAUGUGCGCCGCGCUAGCACAGUUACGAUCUCCACCUGAAGUGCUGUUUUCUUGUUGUUUUUCUGCGGGGUUUUGAUGUGAAGAAGUCUUUCAUAGUAAAGGAUCAAAUUCGAGGAAAAGAAGUUUGUGUCCGUGGGGUUUGUCUCCCAUUCGUGGAGUAAAUAACACCACUAGAUAUUUUAAGAUGUAGUGAUAGGUCUCCCAUUCGUGGUUACGACCAGGUCCAUUGUAUUUGCACCCGAUUGGCUAGAUCCAAUCGAUAAUGAUAUUAUAAAGGGAAUGGCCUUAGUGUAUGAAUUGGCGAGAUAUGUCCUUUCUUUA